AUGACUAAACUAAAAAGUCAAAUGCCAGUAUUCUUAACAUUAGUCAAAAAUAUUAAAGAUGAUAAAGCGAAUAUAUAUGAGAUACUGGAAGAAAUAGUGACACAUGGAAGUGAACUAACACCAGAAUGGUAUUUGUUAUAUCAAAUAUUGCCAACAUAUGGUGUUGGGUCAAACGAAGCUGAACGGGGUUUUAGCACACUUCGUCGAGUGAAAACAUAG